AUGGCGCGACUACGAGUUCCUGCAUCGCCAGUUGAGACCCGUCGCGCGAAACAUGCAAACGCAGGAGCUGGAAACAGGACGGCCAGCCAACCUAGGCAUUCAGGCCCACAACCCGAGAUCAGUGCAGCCUUCGAUUCGUCUGCCAAUGAUCAUGCAGAACGCUCCACGACUUAUCCGCGCAUUGUGAGGAGCUUCGCGUUGAUGGACGUGGAGACAAAGCGAGAUGUACAAGGUUACCUUGUCGGACAGUACAAGGCCGUUAAGAAAAUGGGCCACGAGCACAUCACCCCUACUGGCACCAAGAUUGUCUUCUUCUUUGGCCAAGCACAGCAAGAGGAAGAGUUCGAUAUACUAGACGAGAAUAUGAAGGGCGACCUGCGCGAGUACGUCAACGAGGAUGAGGAUGCAGAUCACCCAUGGUGUGGGGUGCGCGACUUCAUGCGAAAGAUUGCGACUUCCAAGGCCGAGGUGUCGACAGAGUUGAAGGAUACCAAGCACGGUUUGGGUACUGAGACACCUCAUCAAGCCCGCUUGGUGCGCGCUCAUAGUGCGCCCUCCCUGGCUCAGUGCAUCGCGAACGCCAGCAUCGACAGCGCCGGAUCAGAUACCGACCCUGACUCAGAAGACGACGACAUCGAUCUUGAAUUGAGGAUCGAGAACGCACUCUCGUCCUUUGCUAAAAAGGUCGAAGAAUUAGAGGAUGUGGCAGGAGCGCUGUCAAUCACGCCACCCAGCCGUACAUAUUCUGAUGCCCGCUCAUCUACGUCAGCGCCUCCCAAGGACAUCGAUAUACCGUACCCCUGUGGACCAAAUCAAAACUCCCGACUUCGUCGUCAUAGCGGUUACUGUUCACUCGCAUCUCUGAUCGCUCACGCUGAAGAUACCCGUGCGCCUUCGUGCUCGUCACUUUCUUCGUGCCUAAUACCUCCCGGUACCACCUACAAUGUCGUCCGCAAACCCUGCUACGACCCAGACUUUGAGGGUCAUAGCCCUUGCGCCACACAUGAUGAGGGAAGUUGGGGACUCUCAGCGGAUGACGCUCUGGAUAUGCUACAAGAGCGCUUCAGAAUAACACAUUGCGCUGGUGACGGCACAGGCUUUGAUCGUCGCGAAUGGCUGGAAUACAAGCUUGAGACUGGACGCAGCAUGGUACAUGGCCCGUCGCUGUUACCAUUUGGGACGAACUGUUAUGAAGCUGAAAAGCCAGGGCAGAUCAAGGACGCGGAUGAUAUCCCGUACGCUAAUCGACCCGAAGCCACGGCUCGAAUCCGCACUUCGCCUUCUAAGGACACCCUGAGUACCAACUCAUCCGUCCGGAAUUCGGUGUUCUCAAAAUGCACUUCGAGCACAUCCAUUUCAUCUUACCGGACCAGUCGUCCACAGUCUGCACGAACUGAACAUUCUCGGCUCAUGAACGCACUUAGCCCCGACAACGAUACUGAAAAGUGCGGACAUGGCUAUGAAAUCUCCGCGCCGACAGUGUGCAGUCCUUCUGUCGCAGGUAUUGUUCCAAAAAGCGAACACUUUCAAGGUUAUGCAGGUGGCACUGUGCGGGAUGGGAAGGGUGCACACAGUUUACCCGUUACUACUACCAAAAAAUGGUCUAGUGGACUGAAGCUGUGGGAGGAUGAAAGCUGGCCCAACGCACCCGAGCGCAUCGGAACCGACUUUGAAGACGCUCAGAACUCCAUUACGAGGAGCGAAUCCGAGGACCGCAACGUAGAAGAGUUCUCACAGCUGCGUGCGUCGCUAACGAUAGUUACGGACAAUGAUGAACCCAUGCGGCCUGAAAUCAUCGCCAACCGCCUGUAUGCGGCUCCGAGGAUAUACGAGGAAGCCGCCAAUUUUGUUGAACAUGUCGCCACUAAUUCGGAUGUCGAUUCCGAAUGUUGGUCAGAACCCUUGGAUGGUUGCGCGCAGCCGCGUCGCAAGUGGACUAGCAAGAUGAAGCAUUGUCUCCAGAAAAUACCCCAAAAGACAAAGCAGGCUACCCACGACUAUCUCAAAGCGACGAAACGAUUCUCACGGACUGCUUGGCGCGUGUUGCCAGCUGCGCUGUCGAGCCGACAUCCGUUUGAGAAGAUCGACGGCAUCCUCUAG